GCCGGAAGCACUCGAACGCCACACCAUUUCCUCCUCCCUUCAGUCGCAGAGCACUGCGCAUGCGCCGUGUCGCCGCCGAGCCUGUGGCUGACUGGAAAGUUUUUAUCACUCUUAUUUUUUUUUUUGGGUCGCAUCUUAUCAGUCGACAAUGUCUCGCACUGCAGAAGACAGACUUUUUUUUACGGGAACGUAACCCGUGACAGGGCGUAGCGGAGGGGACGGACAUGGCCGUAGAAAACCGCUCGUUGUCGUCGAAAUGGCGAGCCGUGGGGUUUGGGGUCUGUUUUUUUACCCGAGCUGAAUGGACUUUUUUCCCCCUUGGAAGCUGCGGGUUAAGCUAAGCUAAGCUAAGAUAACUGGCUCCGGCGAAGAUACACCGAGGAGACUCUUUGACAUGUAGACGGCCUUAAUCGAUCACCAUGUCUGACCAAAACCAUUACUGGACGGUGCUGCCGAGCUACAAGAGUAGUUUUGUCACCGGGGCCAUGAUGAAAAGAUCCAGAGGUGCCCGCAACAACAAGAGGAGGAGUUUGGCGGUCGGGACCCCUUCGCCCACGCUCUCACGACCGCUUUCGCCUCUCCCACUUGCCACAGCUGGCAGCAGCCCUUCAGAAAGCCCCAGAAAUGUCUCUGCCAGCAGCUCUGCCAACUUCCAAUUCGCUCGCAGCCAUCUGGCCCGCACUGAGAGAGGCGAUGGCCGAAGAUGGUCUGUGGCGUCCGUACCCUCCUCUGGAUACUGCACCAAUGCACCCAGUUCAUCAGUAUCCUCGUCUUCUUCCCAGGAGCUCUUGCACCAGUUGCCCCUCCAGCCUACACAAGAUGAUCUCCACUUCCUCUUCAAACAUUUCCGGAGCACAGAAAGCGUGGCUGAUGACGAAGGAACUCAUCCCUCACCCCCCGUCAGGCUCCGCUCGCGUAGUCUCAGCCCUGGACGGACUUGUGGAACAUUUGACAAUGAGAUUGUCAUGAUGAAUCAUGUCUAUAAAGAACGUUUUCCCAAGGCAACGGCGCAGAUGGAGGGUCGACUUCUGGACAUCAUUGAGGAGUGUUCCCCGGGAACCGCCCUGCCCCUGGCUGACGGCGUCCUCGGCUUCAUCCAGCACCAGCUGCUGGAGCUGGCCCGAGACUGCCUGGAUAAGUCCCAGGAAGGCUUGGUCACCUCCAGGUACUUUGUGGAGCUGCAGGAGAAACUGGAGAAGCUUCUGCAUGAGGCGUACGAGCGCUCGGAGAGCGAAGAAGUGACCAUCAUCACAAAACUGGUGAAAAAGAUCCUCAUCAUUAUCUCCAGGCCUGCCAGGCUGCUGGAAUGUCUGGAGUUUGAUCCAGAGGAGUUCUACCAGCGUUUGGAGGCUGCAGAAGGUCAAGCCAAAGGUGGCCAGGGGAUCAAGACUGAUAUUCCUCGAUAUAUCAUCAGCCAGCUCGGCCUCAACAGGGAUCCUCUGGAAGAGAUGGUCCAACUGGAGCAAACAAGCCCGAGUCACAGGUCAGCCAGCAGAGAGUCUGAUGAAUCUGGAGAGACAACACCAAUACAGAGCCGUGCACUGUGCACUCCCCCGCGUAGGAAACCACUGGAGAGUGACUUUGAGACCAUCAAGCUCAUUAGCAACGGUGCCUAUGGAGCUGUAUUUCUAGUCCGUCACAAAGAAACCCGACAACGCUUCGCCAUGAAGAAGAUCAACCGGCAGAAUCUGAUGUUAAGAAACCAGAUCCAGCAGGUGUUCGUGGAGCGAGACAUCCUCACCUUUGCUGAAAACCCCUUCGUGGUUUCCAUGUUUUGCUCGUUCGAAACACGGCGGCACCUCUGCAUGGUCAUGGAGUAUGUAGAAGGUGGGGAUUGUGCCAAUCUGUUGAAGAACAUUGGUCCUCUGCCCGUCGACAUGGCCCGCAUGUAUUUUGCAGAGACCGUCCUGGCUUUAGAGUACCUUCACAACUAUGGCAUUGUCCACAGAGACCUCAAACCUGACAAUUUGCUGAUCACCUCAAUGGGACACAUAAAGCUUACAGACUUCGGUUUGUCAAAGAUUGGCCUCAUGAACAUGACGACUAAUUUGUAUGAAGGCCACAUUGAGAAGGACACAAGAGAGUUCAUUGACAAGCAGGUGUGUGGUACUCCAGAGUACAUUGCCCCUGAGGUGAUCCUGCGACAGGGCUAUGGGAAGCCUGUGGACUGGUGGGCCAUGGGCAUCAUUCUCUAUGAGUUCCUUGUAGGCUGCGUGCCUUUCUUUGGGGACACACCCGAGCAGCUCUUUGGUCAAGUGGUCAACGAUGACAUCAUCUGGCCCGAUGGAGAGGACGCUCUGCCUGCUGACGCCCAAGACCUUAUCACCAGACUACUUCGUCAGAGCCCGCUGGAUCGCCUAGGAACAGGUGGAACUACUGAGGUGAAGAUGCAUAUGUUCUUCCUGGGUCUUGACUGGAAUGGGCUGCUGAGGCAGAAAGCUGAGUUCAUACCACAACUCGAGACUGAGGAUGACACCAGUUAUUUUGACACCCGAUCGGAGCGUUACGCUCAUCUUGGCUCUGAUGAAGAUGAUGAAACUAACGACGAUGAAUCCUCUCUUGAACUGCGACAGUUCUCCUCGGUGGCACAUCGCUUCAGCAAGGUGUACAGCAGCACAGAGCACCUGUCCACCUCCACGCCGUCCAACCAGAGCUUGUCGUCCUCCGAGAGAAGCCACAGCGAGGAGAAGGAUGAGCGAUGGGAGAGCAGAGGAGUCUUUUCCCCUGGUGACGGACACAAACAUCUGGCGAGUGGGGACAGAACAGAUGGACUCAGGGGGAGUUUGCGACCUCGUGCUUCGUCCAGUUCCUCCCAGUCUGAGCGCAGUGCUAGCCCACUGGUCCUGAACAGCACCCAGAGUCUGGACAUCAUGCCUCGCUUUGCUAUCUCUGCCGAAGAGGAAGAAGGUAUGGUCUCCAACCUGCGGCGCAUUCGUCUCCGCAGCAACAGCACUGGCACGCGACCGUCGUUCCGCAGAGGCGCUUCCAGACGGAUUGCCCACCAAUUGGAGACACCGGAAAAAGCCAGACCUCCAGCUGGAAAAGUCCCUAAAUCUGCAUCAGUGUCCGGUCUCUCCCUCAUUAUUACCCCAGAUGACUCAGCGGGCCCUCCUUCCAGCCCCAAGUCUUCUCUAUCGCUGUCGUCCAACCCCUCGUCCAGAGACUCCUCUCCCAGCCGGGAUCUUUCCAUCAACAUCAGCUGCCUAAGGCCUCCAGUAGUCAUCCACAGCUCUGGGAAGAGGUUUGGCUUCGCUUUGCGAGCAAUCAGAGUCUACAUGGGAGACAGCGAUGUCUACACAGUUCACCACAUGGUCUGGUGUGUGGAGGAGGGCAGCCCGGCACAUGAGGCAGGCUUGAGAGCCGGUGACCUCAUCACUCACGUCAACGGGGAGUCUGUGCAGGGACUUGUCCACACUGAGGUGGUGGAGCUUCUGCUGAAGAGUGGCAACCGGGUGACCCUGCAGACUACUGCUUUGGAGAACACUUCCAUCAAGGUGGGUCCUGCCCGGAAGACGAGCUACAAGGCUAAGAUGGCCCGGCGUAGCAAGAAGAGCAAGAGGAGAGACGGGCAGGACAGCCGGCGCCGUAGCAUCUUGAAGAAGCUUUCUAAACACACGCCUCCUCCGCCCAUGCAAAGUAGUCGCAGCUUCUCGUCCGGGUUCCACCAGUCAUCCAGUGACAGCCUCUCUGGCUCCCCCACACAGUCCAUCUCUCCUGGCCCCUCCACGCCCUGCCGCUCCCCCGCUCCCGACCACUCCGGAGAUUCCAGUUCCUCUCCCUGCUCCAGCUCCCCCAACUCACCAGUCCCCCAGGCCCGUCCCAGCUCCCUUCACGUCCUGGGCCGCUACACCAAGGCGGGUCGCUGCAAGUCCACCAGCAGCAUCCCUCCGUCGCCGCUGGCCUGCAUCCCGCCUCCUCAGCCUCUGUCUCCUCAGUGCUCGCCCUCCUGCCUCCCCAGCCACCCCAGGUCCCUGCAGGGCUUUCACGGUAAGACACUGUCCCCUCCCACUAUUGCCCGCCACUCCGUGCGUCCCCGCAGUGCCGAGCCGCCGCGCUCGCCGCUCCUCAAGAGGGUGCAGUCGGCGGAGAGGCUGACCGGCGAUAAAGCGACGGGCGGUUACCACGGCGACAGGAAGGCCUACAGCACGCGCCGCCAUACCCUGGAGGUGCCUCUGUCCGAGGGCGAAGACGUGGAAGAGGACAGCGCCACGGGGUUCGUAUGUGUUGGUGAACACGGCCGCCAGGGACUGUGCGUCGGGGGGCCCAGAGGCCACCCGGACCUGAUGGGCGGAGCCUCUUCUUCCUCCCCACAACACCGCGGCAACCAUCACUCCAAAGAGGUGGUCGUCAUGAGGAAGCUGGCUCUGUCGGAGCGCCGGGACUCCUUCAAGAAACAGGAGGCCGUGCAAGAAGUGAGCUUUGACGAUUUGGACGAGAGGGAGGCCACGCCCGGCCCCAAGCUUCCUGUCACUCAAUCGAAGGCGUUCAAGGCGUCCUGGCUCGACUCCGGUCCCAAGCUGGAAGGGAAAGCAUCGCAGGAUACGGCAGCACCGCAGAAGGCCAAGUCCAAAGAUAAAGAGAGGAUCUAGUCGGGUAGUCACUUAGCAGCAGAAAGAGAUUCAAGAGGAACUGCACUUUUUAAGAAUGUUGCCGAUCCUUUACAAUCCUUAUGAAAGACAAGAACACAUUUAAUUUUUUUUAUGUAUUCU